UUUGUAUAAAUCCACUUUCCUCAGUGUUAUUGACACCUAUCACACACAAAAAAAUAGACCUAAAUAAAAAUAUAAUAAUAAUAAUCAAUGUAAUUUUUAUUGACAGUAGCAUACUACUUUUACUAUUGAACAGUAGUAUGCUAUUCUGGGUUCUGGCGGGUGUAAAUGCGCGCAAUGCGCAUGCGUUAGGAUCGCUACUAUAUAUUUAUAAUAGUUAGGCUAGAAAAAUUAAAAUAAUGCAUUUUGGUGCAAUAUUUAGUCAAAUAAUGUCAUUUAUUUAAUAAUGUUAUAUUUAUAAGUGGCUAAUUUGUUAAAAUUUGAAACAUUUUGGAAAACAGAUAUUUUAAAAAAACAACAAAAUAUGUAAAAAGCAGUGGUUUAAUUUGUAUAAAUCCACUUUCCUCAGUGUUAUUGACACCUAUCACACACACAAAAAAAUAGACCUAAAUAAAAAAUAUAAUAAUAAUAAUCAAACAAUAUCAUUUUAAUUGAUAAAGCCAUUGUAAAUGUUGAGUUUCGUGCGUAAAAUAGCCCCUGAAAUGCGAAUAUUGUGUAUAUCGUGAGUUAUUUCGCCUAGGUGUCGGGGACCUGACACUGAGUGGGUGGGCUGAGCUGCCGCUCUCGCUUCUAUGGCAACCCGAUAGAUCAGCAUCACCAUAUUCACGGGAUCAGAGCGACUCGGGACGGCGGAAGGCGGAGAUGUCAGCGGUGGAUGUGGGUUACUGGAUCGCGGGCGUUUGCUUGUGAUUGACAGCUGACAGGGAUCCUGAGGGUCCGUGACCUCCACGUCCGCGUCCCCCCUCACACGUGACGAUUCCUCAGACUUUACGUGCUCGCAGAGCAACAGAGUCAGUGCCUUGAAGCUGGAGACCAGUGGAUCUGGCGAAUUUGGGCAGCCUAAUGCGCCGUGGCAUGUGCUUGAGCGAAAGACAGGUGACCCUUCAGACUAUUCGGGUUCUGUUGGCAAUAAUUACACCUGUAUACUGGAUUCAUCUGUCAUUGAAUUGAUCGCGCGCCCGUUUCAAUGUCAUAAUGGACAGGUUGCAUUCGUCCAUGCGUAAAAGGCUCUACAGUUUGCCACAGCACAUCGGGCAGAAAGCGUCCAUCAUGGGUGAUGCAGAAGACACCGACAAGGACACCCGGAGGAAGAGCAUCCGGAUGAAGCCCCUGCCGUCGCCGACCUCCGGCAGAGCCCUCGGGGAGACCAAAAGCGGAGAGUCCGUGAUCAUGGAGACGGACAUCGGGAGACCCGUGAAGACCAGCUCCAACGGGGACUGCCGGAGGUUCCGAGGCAGCCUUUCGUCCAUCACCAGUCGGCACGUCCACGACUCGGAUGUAGCGGAGGAGAGGCGUCUGAUCACGGAGGGAGAAGUCACCCCGAGCGAGGAGAGCCCUCCUGGAGCCGCGGAGCCCGGAGCGCAAGGCGGCGAGGAUGCCGCCGGUGCGAGCCAGCAGCAUCAGGGACUCCCGGAUCAGCAGCAGCCUGGCUUUAUAAAGCUGGAAGGCAUCGAGCAGAUCCUGCCGGACGACGAGAGGUAUUAUCAAGCGGGCUUCAUGCACAGGCAGUUCGGGGCGAUGCUGCAGCCCGGGGUCAACAAGUUCUCCCUGAGGAUGUUUGGGAGCGAGAAGGCGGUGGAACGGGAGCAGGAACGGGUCAAGUCCGCGGGAUUCUGGAUUAUUCACCCGUACAGUGAUUUCAGGUUUUACUGGGAUCUCACCAUGCUGCUCCUGAUGGUGGGAAAUCUAAUCAUCAUUCCCGUGGGCAUCACCUUCUUCAAAGACGAGCACACGCCGCCGUGGAUCGUCUUCAACGUGGUUUCCGACACCUUCUUCCUCAUGGACCUGGUGCUGAACUUCCGCACGGGAAUCGUGAAGGAGGACAACGCGGAGAUCAUUCUGGACCCUCAGCAGAUCAAGAUCAAAUAUCUGCGCUCCUGGUUCGUGGUGGACUUCAUCUCCUCCAUCCCCGUGGACUACAUCUUCCUCAUUGUGGAGACGCGCAUCGAUUCGGAUUUCUACAAGACGGCGCGCGCUCUGCGGAUCGUACGCUUCACGAAGAUCCUCAGUCUGCUGCGGCUGCUGCGGCUCUCGCGGCUCAUACGCUACAUUCACCAGUGGGAGGAGAUUUUUCAUAUGACCUACGACCUGGCCAGCGCAAUGGUGCGAAUCGUCAACUUGAUUGGAAUGAUGCUGUUGCUGUGUCACUGGGACGGCUGCCUGCAGUUCCUGGUGCCCAUGCUGCAAGACUUCCCUGCCGACUGCUGGGUGUCCAAGAACAAGAUGGUGAACGACACGUGGGGUCAGCAGUAUUCUUACGCUCUCUUUAAGGCCAUGAGCCACAUGCUGUGUAUUGGAUAUGGCAUGUACCCGCCCGUUGGCAUGACAGACGUGUGGCUGACCAUCCUCAGCAUGAUCGUGGGUGCGACUUGCUACGCCAUGUUUGUUGGCCACGCCACGGCGCUGAUCCAGUCGCUGGACUCCUCGCGCAGGCAGUAUCAGGAAAAGUACAAGCAGGUGGAGCAGUACAUGUCGUUCCAUAAGCUGCCAGCGGACAUGAGACAGCGGAUCCACGAUUACUAUGAGCACAGAUACCAGGGGAAGAUGUUUGAUGAAGAGAGCAUUCUGGGAGAACUGAAUGAGCCACUGAGAGAGGAGAUCAUAAACUUCAACUGUCGAAAGCUGGUGGCGUCUAUGCCGCUGUUCGCCAACGCAGAUCCGAAUUUCGUGACGUCGAUGCUCACCAAACUUCGCUUCGAGGUCUUCCAGCCGGGAGAUUACAUCAUACGAGAAGGAACCAUCGGGAAGAAGAUGUACUUCAUCCAGCACGGCGUCGUGAGCGUCCUCACCAAAGGAAACAAGGAGACCAAGCUGUCGGAUGGAUCGUACUUUGGAGAGAUUUGUCUGCUGACCCGGGGCCGACGCACCGCCAGCGUCCGGGCGGACACAUACUGCCGUCUGUACUCGCUGUCUGUGGACAACUUCAAUGAGGUCCUGGAGGAGUAUCCGAUGAUGAGGAGAGCGUUCGAGACCGUCGCUCUGGACCGCCUGGACCGCAUCGGGAAGAAGAACUCUAUCCUCCAGCACAAGGUCCAACACGACUUGAGUUCAGGGGUUUUGAACUACCAGGAAAAUGAGAUCAUCCAGCAGAUCGUGCAGCAUGACCGGGACAUGGCUCACUGCGCCAACCUGAUGCAAAGUCCGUCGCCGCCUGCUCCUCCGUCCCCUACUCCUGUCAUCUGGGCUCCCCUGAUCCAAGCGCCUCUACAAGCCGCUGCUGCCACCACGUCAGUCGCCAUUGCACUAACCCACCACCCUCAUCUACCCGCCACUCUCUUCCGACCUCCCAUUCCCGUUCUCGGAUCGAGAAACGAGCCGCCCGCCCGGGUGAAGAGGUUUCAGACAGUUGCACCAAAAUCAGCUGGCGACUCUCCAUCCGGUUCCCCCUCAAAGCUACGUCCGGGAAUCGAUACGCCUCUUCUUGCGUCCUUCCGAACGCAGCACUCGACCGGCGCCGUUUGUUCCAGCGAUACGCGCCAGCAAGCAUCGGCAUUCCCAUUUGGGAGCUUCUCCUCUUCAUCGGCGUCGCUGACUUCUAGCACCGCACAACUCCAUUCACAGCCGAGGCAAAAGCAGGCCGUUGCUCCCGGUACACCUCCGCUGUCGGGAUGCCUCCAAACAGGGGGAUUUCCAACUGGGAUCUUGGCUACAGCCUCAUCGAAUACUAGUCCUCUUUCCACGGGCUUGUACAGUCACACCCCCAGUCAGCAACCUCCACCAAAACCCUCUCAAACAGGCUCCCAGCAGUUUGCUGCCGGAGGGGGGAAGACUUCCACUGGGUUGAACCUCUUCCACACUCCCCCACCCGGAUCACCUACUUCCAGCCGUUCCCAAGCCCCCGAGAGUUCCACGUCAUCCCAGAUCCCUCCCGCUUUGUCCACUUACUUUCCUUUAGAAAGGUCAGCGCUGGCUUCGCUCGCUCAGUACGGCUCAGCGAACGCCUCGCCCUGCUACACCCCUUUAGCCCCCAGCCCGACCAUCCAGAGCCCCAUCACGGGGAGAACUUUCCACUACAGUGACCCUUCCAGUGCCGCUGGCUCCCACACAUCCCUGCUCCUCCCGCAGUCCUCCUGCCCCGGCCAACUCCCGGGUCACCACUUCUCCGGCACAGACUCUCCACUGGGCCGCUUUUACGAGGAUUUAAACAUACUGUCCAGCUCCCACCCGUCACUUGCCGUAGAGGGAGCGGCUCAGUCUUCCCCUCAGGAGCCCGGAUACUGCCUCUCCCCGUUUUCAUCGCCGACGCUAACGGCCAAACCCUGUAGCUCGGUAUCAGGGCACAUAGCCGCCCCCGUUCAGACUUCUCCAGGCUCUCGAAGCCAAGCUCACUCUAUAGGGACGUCACCUGCACUUUCUCUCCCGCGUGCCUCCGACGGCCACCCGUCCGAACUAGAACCGCUCCGUUCGAAACUCCCUUCCAAUUUGUGAGGCUAAAUCACACCCUCCUAACUCAGUAAUAGUGAUCUUCCUCCGUGUGACCUUUUCUUUGGUUAUCUCUGUAUCGGCACUGUGUUUUAAUCAUUUUAAAUAUUUAAAUAUUACUGUGAUUUAAAGAAGAUAAGAACUAUCGAGUAAUCUUAGAGCUCUAGAUUUCACUUUUGUUUGCUUUGUUAUUCUCCUUUUCCUCUCAUGAAUAUAUCUAUAUGAAAUUAUAUAUUUAAAUAUAUGUUAAUCAAUCUAUAGGAGGGUGUGAAAUGCUACAUAAAGGACAUUUGUUUAUUUUAUACCUAUGCCAAAUUCGUCCACAUGGAGUUUGGUCGUUAAUAUUGACAUGGACAGAAAGACUUUUUUGCAGGAACCUAUGCACUCACGCCUGCAUAUGAAAACUGAUUUUUGUCUAAUCCAAAACACCUUUUUAGUCACCCUAAUGAGGAUCACAUAUUGCUGAUCUUGAAUCUAAGGGGUUGUGUUUAAGGGAUUGUACCUGUUUAUUCAUUCUACAAAUGUUUUGGGAGGUGGAGAGGAGAACAUAGGAAAACCAAAAAAUGUUUCAGCCCACGUUCUCUUUAGCAUUUCUUCGUUUUGUUCAGCUACACUGUAGUAAUAUUAGCGGGCAUUGAGUGGGCGUCAAGGAGGGAGUAUGGAAGCUUGUUUAAAAAUAAAUGAAAUAUUAAAAAUGAAAUAAAUGAAAUGCCAUGAAAUAAAAAUAGAAAGGUAAUUAUGAC